AUGGGCACAGAAAAGAACACGGAGACACAGAGAGAGAGGAGAGAGACAGACCCGGGGAGGGGAAGCCUCACUGAUUCCAGGUCCCAUGGAUGGGAUAAAAAAGAGAGACGCCUUCUAAACUCACAACUUCUCUUUCUAGGAGUCCACAGAAAACCUUCCCUCCUGGCCCUCCCAGGUCCCCUGGUGAAAUCAGGAGAGACGGUCACCCUACAAUGUUCCUCAGAUACCGUGUUUGAGCACUUCCUUCUGCACAGAGAGGGAAUCUCUGAGGACCCCCUAUGCCUCGUCGGAGAGCUCCAUGAUGGGGGCUCCAAGGCCAACAUCUCCACAAGUCCCAUGACGCCUGCCCUUGCAGGGUCCUACCAAUGCUACGGUUCUGUCACUCACUCCCCCUAUGAAUGGUCAGCCCCCCUGGGCAUUGUGAUCACAGGUCGAUACGGGAAACCUUCUCUCUCAGUCCAGCCGGGCCCCACUGUUCACGCAGGAGAGAACUUGACCUUGUCCUGCAGCUCCCAGAGCUCCUUUGACAUGUACCAUCUAUCCAGGGAAGGGGAGGCCCAUGAACUGAGGCUCCCUGCAGUGCCGAGGGUCCAUGGAACAUUCCAGGCCGACUUCCCUCUGGGGCCUGCCACCCAUGGAGGGACGUACAGCUGCUUUGGCUAUUUCCGUGACUCUCCCUAUGAGUGGUCAGACCCGAGUGACCCACUGCCCAUUUCUGUCACAGACUCUGUGAAGGAGAAAGGAAAAGAUGUGAUACUCUAA